AUGCUCGUCAUGGAUAUGGAGGACUCAUCGGUAUAUCAGCCUACCCGGGAUACAUGCACAACUGGAUCAUCAUCAUCGUUCCGGGAAAAUGCUACUAUGCCUCCAAAUUCAGCACAAGCGCAAUCCGGUCGGAGGAUUUCAGGUCCGCGGCGGAUACGGUCCGCCGAGUCAGCCGUUUUCACUCACCGGAGUCACUCCUCGUCAGAUCAGGGAAAUAAAGAUAUUGUUCACCGACGUACCACCUCCGUCGAAACCAUCCGCUCACGAUUCUCAAUAUCUAAAAAUUCCACCGAUGAGGGGAGUCAUGAAACAACUCUUUUGACUAUUAACAGCGCUGGCGCCAUCAAACACAAAUUAAAAUCAUUCCUCCCUUCUUCUGUCAUCUUCUUGGACUUUGGUGUAUUCGAGAAAGGACCACGCAAGCCUACUGUCGAGAACUCCGUCGACACUAAAGAGAAGGUCUCAGUAUCCAAGCCAGCGUUAAAGGACCUCAAUGUAGACCAGACCCACCACGUUACCGCCACUGGAGCCGCGACAUACACGACACCGUAUCUAUCUAUUGACGUCUCGGAUGACCUAUCUUGCUGGGAUAUGGACUAUCUACCACCCCUACCCAGCUCUCCUGGGAGUGCAGCUUCCAGCUCUGGAUCUACGAUUGAUACUACCUUACCCUCAAAUAAUGCUCCGCCAUUCUCAGCGCCAAUCGAAGACGAUGAAUUACUCGAAAAUGAAAUACCGUUUCCGCUCAAUAGACAUUCCAAAGUGGUGAUGGAAAAUAUGGGCGUCAAGAAGGCAAAAACACUGGCUCGAUCGCGUAGUGAGAGCGGCGUAAGGACAAUUAAUCGGCCGUCUGCUAUGCUCAAGCCCAACUUGUCUCUGGGUUCCGAUGAUCCUGGUGCCCACAACUCCCUUGACAGGAAACUGACGGGUCUCCCUGAUCCUCUCCCACUACGUACACUGUGCCAAAAUCGCGAGCCCCAGCACCCUUUGGGAACUCCGUCAGCAACGGUCCCGAUGCUUCCGGUGAAAGUUAUUCAAAGCGCUAAACCGACAAAAGUUGCCAACCCUUCAGCCUCAAAGCAAGAUGCAUGGGGAUGCAUGCACCUCGGGGCAGCUGAUUGUGAGCUAUCCAUCGUCUUCCCUCAGACAUCCCAUUUUGAAGUUUGGGACAUGGGUGAUAACUCCAACGUUGCUUUCCCCGUGAUGCUUUGUAUCAUGGCAAAAGACCCACAGAGGUGGUCUGGAAAACCCCUCUCUCUCCCCGACGUAUCACUCAUUGAUAUCCGAUGCGAAGACAUUCCAUUUGCCUCACCCAUGUCGCGAAACGAUCCGCAGCACGAGUACGCGACUUACUACUCAGGGUGCAAGACUGGAACAGCCAAUGAUGAUCUCAUCUCCAGUGACCGACCACAAUCCGGUAAAGGGAUCAGCCAAAGUGGAAUAACGCUCGACGGGAAAUGGACGCGCACAUACACCAAACCAGGCAUUGAGCGUAACGGUCGUACACGUGUGCAUAGGAGAGAUGGGUUGAAUGCGUUAUUGGGAUACAAUGAAUACGGUGGAGCGGCCUCUGUGAGAGGGUGGUAUCUCCAGUUCUGGAUACCCAUCCCCACAAGGCUGUUCGAGAAGCGCGAGACGCGUGCAUUUAAUAUUCAUGCACGGGUGUGGAUGAUGGGAGAUGAACAGCGUGCGCUUUCCUUGGACAAGAAUGGAGAUGGCCAGGUUUUCCCUCUUCUGGCGGACGCGGAGAUGACUGUCUCGCAUCUUAGAAGAGAGCGGGAAAUGGAUCGUUUGCUCUGGUGA